AUGGCUAGCCGAUUUGAAGUUCUGAGAGAGGAAUUGGCUGACGACAUCCGUGGAGUCAAUCGUUAUAACCCUAACCACAUUGCUCCUCUUCAGGAAUGUAUCACAGCUAUGAUUAAGGAGGAUACCUACGAUAAGGAUAUUUUGUUGACCACCUUGAAGCUGUAUCAGCUCAAUCCAAAGAGGUAGGUGAAGUUUUUGUUGAUUUCUUUUGGCUUUUAGAGGGUGGAGGACCUAAAGUUUUCAAUAUUUGCUUGGAGGUGCCAUUUUAUUGUUUUUUGUGUCCAAAUACGAAGAUUCUUAUUAUUCAUCGUCAUGUAUAAUAUCAUUUAUUUAUUUUCAGCUACAACGAAGAGUUUGUUCGCGAUGUUUUGUUGAAGACUAUGAUGGUAUUUCCCAGAAACGAUUAUGCUCUUGCUAAAUACUUGAUUGACGCUAAAUGGGCGAGUUCUCCCGUGAGUAUAUUACGCUUGGCAUCCUUACCUCAUUGUUCAUUUGUGCAAACCUGUGAUGUUAUCACAUUUCUGUUUUAGGAUCUCCGAAAGGUUAUGGAUGUUGGCGCGUUAUUGGAAUCCUGCAAUUUCAGUGUUUUCUGGAAGCUGGUGCAUGGAGAAUAUGUUCCAUCUGGUUCUCCUGAAGAGAAGUUCAAGAAUCCCGAGGAAAUUAAGAAGCUUCUGGAGCCAAUUAAGGGAUUUGAAGAUGCCAUACGUCAUUGUAAGCAGCUUCUUAUUAUUUAAUGUUGUACUUGGAGAUAUCAAACUGAAUGUAAUUCUGUUUCUAGAUGUCUGCUCUGUGAUCUCGGCUACCUUCCAAACCAUUGAUGCCACUCAGUUGAAGCGUCUUCUUGGUGGUAUUUCCGGUAGGUUUGAUUUGUAUUGUUCAUGUUUCUCUCUUUAGACAGUGAAUGCCAAGGCUAUGCUCGACAUUACAAAUGGGAGAAGAGAUCUGACGGAUCUUACUUCAUCAAGAACCAUGAUGCCACUAUCAAGAGCAGGAAUGUCGAAGAGAGAGUCAAGUUUGAGCGUAAGUUUUUCCAAAAAUUUCGGUCGAAAUGGGUGUAACAUGUAAUAGAGAUGUUGUUUGUUACCUAAAUUAAUAUUUCAGAGUGCCGGGAGGUCCUGCAGAUGUCAAAUCAGCUGUGA